ACGGAGCAAACAGAAUAAGUGACAUGCUCAAACUAUUCACAAAACUUAUAAAGAUAGAUUUCGAUGAAUUUUAAUGAUAACUUACUUAUAUGCCUUCUAUGUAUAUAAAAAAAAUGGGCUUAUACCACAUUUUUGCAUCGUUUGUUUACGUUUCCUUGUUGUGAUGAUUUUCGGUAUCAAAAGCGUGUAUUUUCCCGUAAAAUGCUUAAAUUAUAACGUCAUCAUUCUAUGACGUCGGGUACUUCAUUCAUUAAAAAAACAUAUGACGUGGGAGUACGAUCGGAACAGCCAAUGCAAUAUAUUCAUAUUUUACCACGGGGAGAUGAACAACCACAGAUAACUCUCAUGCCGUGGACAAAAGGAUGUUGACAUUGCUUGACAUCACAAUUGUAUUCUUGAAAUUCAUCUUCCUUUUAAGUAUAGCAUCCCCUAUGCAUAUACACGAAAUCAACAACAAAUCAACGUAUAAACUAUUUAAAAGGCUUCAGUACGAAUUUUCCCAACAGAUAUCUUUACGACUUUUGCUUUCAACGUACGAUUCAAUUCAUGUGCAUCCAAAUCAUAAAGAACCGUCAUUUAGUACUGUUGUACGAUAUCAGAAUACGUUUCCUGGUAGAACAGAGACUUCGACACUUGUUCAACCAUCUUAUACUUUAGAGAAAAGACACCCGAGAUAUUUUCAUAGAAUAUUUAUACAUGGUCGAGACGAUCGACAGCCGGUUCCGACGACAGACCUGAGAGAAUAUCCUUAUUAUAAUAUUGUUCGUCUUUCAGUAGGAUGUACAGGGACGCUUAUUUCUCCUUCCUUCGUUCUAACUGCUGCACACUGUGUUCAUGAUGGAAAGAAAUUCAAGGAAAACAUAAAUCUGUUAAAAGUGGAAAUCUUGCAUCGAAUUAAUUACAGAAUUCAUUAUGUGAAUGAAAUAAUUGUUCCUAAUACUUGGCUUGAUGCCAGAAAUGAUCCACCUACGUUUCAAUCCGCCUACGAUUAUGCAGUUAUAAAAUUACAAAAGCCUGUUACAGGGCGAACCUCUUUUACUCCCUUGUAUGUUCCUGGACCAAUAAUUUCUGAUGAAAUAUAUUUUCUUGGAUAUUCAUGGUAUACUUAUCUACAGUUGUGGAAAUCUGAAUGUUCAGGUUGGGGGAGUAGAGUGUGGUAUCAUGGUAAUAUCUUAGUCAGCCAUUGUGAUACCGUUGUAGGUAAUUCGGGUGCUUCGGUAUAUUUAGAAGACAGGAGAACAAAUCAUAGGAGACUUAUUGGCGUUUUGUCUAGUUCUUCUAAAACUGCAGGCAAUAAUGUUAGUUCACAAGUGACUCUGACUUCACUCUUGACGGCAAACAAACUCAAUGAAAUUUGCUCAAUUAUUUCACCGGAAGGAGAAACCCAUGGAGUUUGUACCCCACAAACAAAUGAUAAAGAUCCGAUAUACACUAGACUUCCGUUAUAUGGAUGAAAAUAAUAAUUCGGUUUUAUUCAGGGAUUCUCAAUGCAAGUUUUAUAUAGUAUCCUGUUUAACAAACGUGUUGAUCCUCACUGUUCACCGUGUAAGUGUAAUGUUGGGUAAUGGAAGGCAUGAAUAAAUUAUCCACUGGUCUG